AAGAUUACAAACGCCAUGCGGCUUCUCCACUUUAACGCGUUGGGAAGGCUCGUCUUGACAGAUUUCCGCGGCAAAACGAUUCCGCCCUACGCCAUUCUGUCGCACAGAUGGAGCGACUCCGAGAUCCUGAUUGAAGACAUAUCGAACAGAACCUAUAAGGAGAAGGAAGAAGGCUAUCGAAAGCUCCAGUUUUGCGCCGAACGGGCGGCGCAGGACGAGCUGCAGUACUUCUGGAUUGACACAUGCUGCAUCGACAGGUGGAACAACAACGAGCGCUCGAAGGCGAUCAACUCGAUGUUUCAGUGGUACAAGGAUGCGACACGAUGCUAUGUCUUCUUGUCAGACGUCUCGGUGUCGACUGCAACAGAGCUAGUCCAACGCAGCGACUGGGAGGCGUCAUUCCGUGCAAGUGGAUGGUUCACGCGGGGAUGGACGCUGCAAGAGCUGAUUGCGCCAGUAUCAGUCGAGUUCUUCUCGUGUGAAGGACAUCGCAUAGGCGACAGAGUAUCGCUUGAUCAGCUACUACAUGACAUCACCGGCAUCCCGCUCGCGGCAUUACGCAACUGUCCUUUACACGAGUUCAGUACAUCUGAGCGAAGGCGAUGGGUCGAAAACCGCAGAACAAAAGAGGAAGAAGACAUUGUAUACUGCCUGCUUGGGAUUCUUGGUGUCUCUAUGCCCACCGCGUACGGCGAAGGAGAGGAGAGUGCAAGAAGCAGACUACAGGCUGAACUGGAGGGAGCUAGCGACGCACCGUCGAUCAUUCCGUUCUCACAAAACCCCCGCUUUGUAGGCCGAGAGUCGCAGCUUGCCGACCUAGAAGCCAAGCUCUUCACCAACGAACAGACCACGACCACGCUAGCGAUUGUUGGACCUGGCGGAACAGGUAAGUCGCAGCUCGCGCUCGAGGUUGCACAUAGAACGAGGCAGAACAAUAAAAGCUGCUCGGUCUUUUGGAUGGAUGCGAGCGACAAGGACAGUCUCUACCAGUCGUAUACAAGUGUUGCGCAGAAGCUCAGUAUACCUGGAUGGGACGAUGACCAAGUCGACAUGAAGCAGCUUGCAAAAAGCUGUAUAGAAGAGAUGAGUGCGCGACAGUGUUUACUGGUCUUCGAUAACGCAGAAUACACCACUCUACGAUCUGGCGGCUCGUCCACAACAGAAGCGGCGGACUUAGCUGACUAUCUGCCACAGUUUAAGCUAUGUUCUGCUAUCUUCACAACAACUAACAUCGACACAGCUCAGGCGCUUGCUUCACAGAAUGUCAUAGCGCUGCGAGAGCUGACACGAGACGCGGCACUGAGGAUGCUGCAAGUCCGCUUGGAGAGGCCACUUGCGAACACUGAGCAGCAGGAAGCCGAGCACGUGCUAAGAGAGCUAUCGUAUCUCCCGCUAGCAGUCAUGCAAGCAGCGGCCUGUAUGAAAGCUAUCGGUAUGACGGUACAGGAGUAUCGAGCACGGCUGGAUGAGCACAAAGAACUAGCUAUCGAGCAGGGCGGUGACUCGUCUAGUGGUAGACUACAAGAUUCUGGCGUAAAAGACCCUGUGGCUGCUGCAUUGUUUCUCUCUAUAUACGAGAUCAGUCGCGAUAAUGCGCUUGCCGCAGACUAUCUGUUUCUUGCUGCAUGCUUAGACCGGAAAGACAUCUCGCUCGACCUUCUAGAGGCAGCCUCGGUGCAAGCAAGAGAGGAUGCUAUCAGGGUACUUGACAAGUAUGCGCUCGUCGCUAGGCGGCCUGCUGAGUCUGCGCUCGAUGUUCAUCGACUCGUCCAUCAAGCUCUACGCAAGCGGCUGCAAGUGCAGGGACGGCUCUUACAGUGGACUCAACGCACGAUCACACAGCUACUCCAAGUGUUUCCAGACGGCGAUCAUAGCAACAGAAGUAAGUGGAGACGACUGCUUCCGCAUGCCCAGUAUGCUCUGUCGCAUAGUGCGACGGAUGAUAACAACGAAGAAAGAUUACGGCUUGCAUCAAGAUGUGCUAUAACUCUGCUUAGUGACGGACGGUAUAAGGAAGCCGAAGAGCUGGAUGUGCAAGUGCUGCAAGCGAGGAAGAGAGCGCUUGGCGACGAGCAUCCUUACACGCUGACUAGCAUAGGCAACCUAGCGUCGACGUACAGGAACCAAGGGCGAUGGAAGGAGGCUGAAGAGCUGGAGGUACAAGUGCUGCAGGCGAGAAAGAGAGCGCUUGGCGGCGAGCAUCGUUCUACGCUGACCAGCAUGAACAACCUAGCGGAGACGUACAGGAACCAAGGGCGGUGGAAGGAGGCCGAAGAGCUGCAGGUGCAAGUGAUGCAGACGAUGAAGAGAGUGCUUACCGACGAGCAUCGUUCUACGCUGACCAGCAUGAACAACCUAGCAGAGACGUACAGGGAUCAAGGGCGGUGGAAGGAGGCCGAAGAGCUGCAGGUGCAAGUGAUGCAGACGAUGAAGAGAGUGCUCGGUGACAAAUAUCCUGACACGUUGACUAGCAUGGCCAACCUGGCGGCGACAUACUGGAACCAAGGGCGAUGGAAAGAGGCCGAAGAGCUAUUUAUGCAAGUGAUGCAGACGAUGAAGAGAGCGCUUGGCGACGAGCAUCCUAACACGCUGACUAGCAUGGGCAACCUGGCAUCGACGUACAGGAACCAAGGGCGAUGGAAAGAGGCCGAAGAGCUAGAGGUGCAAGUGAUGCAGACGAGGAAGAGAGUAUUUGGCGACAAGCAUCCUGACACGCUGGCCAGCAUGGGCAACCUGGCGUCAACGUACAAUGACCAAGGGCGAUGGAAAGAGGCCGAAGAGCUGGAGGUACAAGUGAUGCAGACGAUGAAGAGAGUGCUUGGCGACAAGCAUCCUAACACGCUGACCAGCAUGCACAAUCUCGCCUUCACGUUGUACUCGCAAGCUCGCCACGAGGAGGCUCUUGCACUGAUGGCAACAUGCUACCAAUCGCGUGUGCAAGCCCUUGGCGGGCGACACCAUGAUACGAAGUUGUCGCUCUUCACGCUGACUGGCUGGCUAGCGGAAUUAGGCGAAGGGCAGUAA